AGUACGAUAACUUAAGUGUUUGUUCCUGGCGGCGCCGUUUGUGUUGGGGCGUCAAGAAACGUUUGUGCUUGUUUGUGUGUGUCCGGGAACGUUUGUGGCUGCUGGUGUGUGUCAGGGAGGGUUAAGAAGAACGUUUGUGCUUGCGUUGGUGUAUCAAGGAAAGCAAUACAGCCGCAGACAACCACAGACAGACAACCACAGACAGUCAACCACAUUCAACCACAAUCUCAGACAGCCACAUUCACACGUCCACAGACAACCACACACAGUCACAACCACAUCCACAGACAACCAUAAUCUCAGACAACCACAUCCACAGACAACCACAACAACAGACAACCACAUCCACAAAAAAAACAUCCACAGACAAUCACAAUCUCAGACAACCACAUCCACAGACAACCACAUCCACAGACAACCACAAUCUCAGACAGCCACAACCACAGACACUUACAACCACAGACAACCAUAAUGGAGCACUGUGAAGACGAGGAGGAGAUGGACACCGCCGAAGUCUCGUCCUCCAGCAGUGACUCCGAGUCCGAGGAGGCUGAGGAGGCCCGCACCGAGGAGGAGCAGAAGGCGCUGUGGCAGAAGGUGGAGGAGCUGAGGGGGCAGGUUGCGGAAAAUGCUCUCUUCUAUGAUGGGCAUGUCAGCUUGAUCACCACGCUGCGGGAUCUUUUCGAACUGGAGGAGGCAAGGAAGGCCAGGGAGCAGAUGAGUGAGGUUUACCCCUUGACACCAGAGUUGUGGCUACAGUGGAUUCAGGAUGAGCAGAAGGUGUGCGCCACAGACGAGGAACGCCAAUACAUCGUUAGCCUCUUUGAGCGAGCCGUGAAGGAUUACACAAGCGUACAGGUGUGGGUGGAGUACGUCAUGUUCAUGCUGGGCGGUGGCGACCUGGAUGCCACACGUCAGGUUGGGGAGCGGGCCCUCACUGCCGUUGGGACCCACGUGGCCGAGGGCGUGCUGGUGUGGCAGGUGGUGCUGCUGGUGGAGAAGCAGGUGUAUAGUGGACUGCAGAAACCGGGUGCUGUGCUCUCAGACAAGGAAACAGCUGACAUUGAGAAGCAGCUCAGUAGAAUCCAGGCUCUGUACAGAAGGCAGAUGCGCGUCCCCUUAAUGAACUGCGGACCCGAGGCGCUGCAGGAAGAAGCCUCGGAGUAUUUCGACGACAUCGGAGCGCAGAUGAAGGAGGACCUCAAGAAGACUCAACAGCGACUGAAUGAAAAAGUUCCAUAUGAAGAUGAAUUGCUCCGAGCGCAGAGUGAGGUGGACAAGUUGGCAGCGUACCGUGCCUACAUCGCGGCCACAAAGGAGUCCGACAACCCAGCAGCCGUCCAGAGCCUUUACGAGAGGGCGGUGCUGGAGCUGUGCCUUGUGCCUGACCUUUGGGAAGAGUAUGUGACCUAUGUGAUGAACCAGUUUCCGGGGCUGGACUAUGUGGUCUUGCCCGUCUGCCAGCGGAGUCAGAGGAACUGCCCGUGGUCUGCCGCCCUCUGUGAGCUGCACAUCGCGGCGCUGCAGAUGUUCACCGCGGAGGGGGAGGAAAAAGACACGGCGGCCAAGAUUAAAAAGGCGCUGGAAAAGGGUCUCGGGUGUGGCCUCCAGGUGGGGGCCGACGCCACGCGCAUGUGGAUGGCGUACCUCAUCUACCUGCGGCGCCAGAUCACAUGGUCCCAGCCACACGCCCAGGAGCUGAGCGCUUUCAGAGAGGCGGCCCAGCAAGCAAUAACAGUGAUUGAUAAGUACUUUGGUGAGGAAGGAGACUUGGAGAGCUUGAUUCCUCGCUUCCUGGCGCGUAUCGAAGCUGAAUUUGUCGGGGACUGUGAGAGAGCCAGAGAAGUAUGGAAUGAUGUCAUUAUGAAGAGGAACAAUAACUUCAAAAAUGCUGAACUUUGGCUGGAAUUCAUCAACACAGAGAGGAGUUAUGGGUCAGACAAGCACUGCCGCAGGCUCUGUCGUCGGGCACUGGAGAGGGUCUGGGAGGGCAUCGAGGGCAUUGGUCUGGCCUACCUUCGCUUUGAGCAGGAAGCAGGGAGCCUAGAGACGAUGCAGGAGUUCAAGAAGCGCUUUGGCGAGAGGAUGGCCAUUGUCAACAAGAAGAGGGCCGAGGACGCUGCCAAGUUAGAAGCCGAGACUGCCCCUGAAGAUGCGAGAAAGGGCAAGGGCGUGAAGCAGAAGGACAGGAGAAGCAAGCAGGGGGGCAGGGACGGGAGGGACUACAAUCAAAAUGGGACGUCGCAGGAAGGCAAAGUGUUCAAGGUCCCGCAUCCCGUCUCCAAGCCCUCCAAAGGAGCAAAACGGGACACUGAAUCCACAUCCCCAACCAAGAGUAGCGCCCCGGAGUCUUCCACUGGCGCCUCGAAGAACAUUCCUCCUCCACCUGGCUUCAAGGACUCAACCGAUACAAAGGUGAAGCCGGGCGGCCGUCACGAGGGAGAGAUCGAACCCCCGCCAGGCUUCAAGGGGGACUCACCAAAGAAGGGCACCAAGCGACGGGCGGAGGAGACGGAGGAUGAGCGCGCCAAGAGACUUAAAGUGGAGAAGCAGCACGGCGUUCUCACCAGGGAGUCUCCACUGGAUGAGAUGUGCACUCUAUUCAUCAGCAACCUGGAUUUCAAGACCACCGAGGAGGAGGUCAUGGCGCUGUUCAGGAGCUGUGGCGACAUCUCCGACUUCCGCCUCGUCAAGAACUUCAAGUGCCUCAGCAAGGGCUUCGGGUACCUGGUCUUCAAGUCGCACGAGGCUGCCGUCAAGGGCCUGGACAUGGACCGCACGCCUCUCAACGGACGACCGGUUUUCGUGUCGCCGUAUGAUCCGGAAAACCACACCCACAAGUUCAAGUACUCAACCGGUCUGGAGAAAAACAAGUUGUUCAUAAGCGGACUUCCGUUAUCCAUGAGCGAGAGUGACGUAAAGGCAGUGUUCGAGCCUUACGGGCCGGUAAAGGACAUCCGGUUGGUCACAUACCGAAACGGACACUCGAAGGGUCUGUGCUACCUCGACUACCACGACGCAGACACCGCCGCGAAGGCCGUGGAGGCGAUGAACGGCUCAGAGCUGGAGGACAAGAUCAUAACCGUACAGAUCAGCAAUCCUUCCGCUAAGAAAUCGAGUGAGAGCGUGGCGCCAAAACCGGUCAUGCUCGGAGAGGGCACUCGGCAGAAGAAGGCCGCCGGUGGGAGAGGCAAGGGCAUGUUCAGCCUGGUCCCCCGCGCCCUCCGACAGCCGCCACCGACGUCCACCACCACCGCCACCGCCACGGACGCUGAACCCUCCGAGAAAUCCACCAAGAAGAUGACCAAUAGUGAUUUCCGGAGCUUGUUGAUGAAGUAGUUAAGGCUCAGUACUGUGUUGUGUGUGUGGGCUAUAAGGGGCAUGGUGUGAGAGAGAGAGAGAGAGAGAGAGAGAGAGAGAGAGAGAGAGGGAAGGGAGGGGCAUGGUGUGUGUCAGAGAGAGAGAGAAAGGAGAAGGGCUGGUAA